AUGGGUCAUAACAUUGAAGAGAGCGAGGGCAAUGUCACCACUAUUGAGAAUCUCAAAGUUGUGGCAGACACUGAUACUCAUCACCUGUCACCAGAGGAGGACAGACGUAUCAUGCGUAAGCUGGAUCUAUGCCUGCUCCCCAUCAUGGCAACUAGUUAUUUUUUUCAAUACCUCGACAAGUCGGCACUCGGCUCGACAGCCAUUCUGGGCCUUCGUCACGACCUUGGUCUCUCUGGCUCAGACUACUCCUGGUCCAGUAGCAUAUACUACUUUGGUUACAUCGUCGCCUCGUACCCUGCCGGAGUCGUAAUGAUUCGCUGGAGAGUUGGCAAGGCAAUCACUGCGUCCAUUCUUGUAUGGGGCUCUAUACUGAUGCUCACGGCCGUCUGUCAUGAUGCGGCCAGUCUCCUCGCCACACGCUUUUUCCUCGGCGUCGCCGAGUCGGCCAUUGCACCGGGUCUGACAAUCAUCAUUUCCAUGUUUUACAAGAAAUCCGAGCAGCCUCUCCGUCAUGCGGCUUGGUUUCUUGGCAACACCUCGGCCGGCUUAUUCGGCGGGUUGCUGAAUUACGGCAUCGGCCAUAUGAGCAGCAUUGCGCCUUGGAAGGCUUCAUUUCUCAUCCUGGGUAGUAUAACUAUUGCUUGGUCGUGCGCCAACGUCUUUCUUCUUCCAGAUGAGCCAUCCAAUGCCUGGUUCUUUAGCAAGGCCGACCGGGAAAAGGUCGUCAUUCGAGUUCAGGAGAACUUGACUGGUAUAAAAAACGACGAGCUCAAAUGGAACCAAGUCCGUGAGGCGCUGCUCGACCCGAAAACCUGGUUCUUGGUUCUCAUCCAUUUUUCGUCCAAUAUUCCCAAUGGCGGAGUCACUACGUUUCGCUCCAUUAUUCUUCGAGGCGUCGGAUUUAGCACAUUUGACACUCUUCUUCUUCAAUGUGUCCCAUAUCUGGUUCAGCUUGCUCUCGUUAUCCUGUGCACAGGAGGCAGCAGCUACCUCAAAAAUACUCGAACAUACUGGAUGAUGCUCACCUUUGCCACCGCCCUCGUAGGCGCUGCCCUCGUUCGGCAAAUGCCUGAAGAAAACAAAUGGGGUCAAUAUGCAGGCACCUGUUUGAUGGGUGCAAACUCGGCGUCCUUUCCCUUGCUCAUGUCCAUGGUGUCUGGAAAUAUUGGCGGAUUUACCAAGAAGACAACCGUCAAUGCCUUGACUUUUACUGCGUUUUGCGCAGGCAACAUUAUUGGUCCUCAGCUGUUCUUUGAGCGGGAAGCGCCAUCAUAUAGUUCUGGCUUUGUCGCUCUCAUCAUAUGUCAGACAGCCUGCUUUAUACUAUGCCUUUUGAUGCGGUUCUAUCUCAUGUGGGUGAACCGCAGUCGUCAUCGACACGAAAAUAGUACCGAGCUAGCCGAUGAAGACAUUGUGCAGACGCAAGCCUUGAUGGCAAUGAUGGACAGGACGGACAAGGAAAUUAAAGGGUUUAGAUAUGUGUAUUAA